AUGGAUUGCAAUUGUGUAAAUGCUGAAGAAAUUGUUGAAGAGUUGUUACAAGACAAUUCAAUGGAAGAACGUCGGUUACAACUCUUUCAACAAUUUUAUGGAGAAGGCUCAUCAUCCACAGAACGAAGGGUGCUAAACAGAGAUCGUGAAUCAGCCCACAAUCAUUUUGUAAAGGAUUAUUUUUCAGAAAAUCCAGUGUAUCCUCUUGAGAUAUUCCAAAGAAGGUUUCAAAUGGGAAGACAUAUUUUUCUUCGUAUUGUGGAUUCUCUUUCAAAUUCAGAUCCAUAUUUUCAGCAAAGAGUUGAUGCACUGGGAAGAAAAGGGCUUUCACCUUUACAAAAAUGUACGGCGGCCAUGUGUAUGUUGGCAUAUGGAGUAUCUGCAGAUGUUGUUGAUGAUUAUGUGUGUAUCGGUGAAUCAACCGCGAUUGAGUGCUUGAAAAAAUUUGUGACGGGUGUUAACUUUAUAUUUGAGAGCGAGUACUUGCGAAAGCCAAACUCAAAUGAUGUUCAGCGUCUACUAAAGAUGGGUGAAGAUCGUGAAUUUCCUGGUAUUAUGGGAAGUAUUGAUUGCAUGCAUUGGCAAUAG